GAAUGGGAAAAGGCUCUGUAAAGAAGCUUUUUCACUCUGUCUCUCUCUCUUCCCAUGGCGGAUUCACGCCUGCCUUCAUGUGUCCUUCAUUUUCACAUCUUCUAAUUUAUUGUUUUCAUGAUUGCACCGGCUGCUUUUGACCGCCAUUCUGUAUUUAUGCUGAAAUUUUGAGGAACUGCUGUAUGCUCAAGGGAAAGGAAUAAAUUAUAAGAAGGGAAAACACUUCUUCUGAGCCAUGGGAAAUUGCUGUGUGGUACCUGCUGCUUCUUCAGAUCCCAAGAAGAACAGGAAGAAAAAACCAAAUCCACAUUCAAUAGAAUACGGUGCAAAUCAUGGAUCUGUUGACAAAAACAAACUAGUUGUGUUGAAAGAUCCAAAUGGCCACCGCAUAUACGAGAGGUAUGAUUUAGGGCACGAGCUGGGGAGAGGCGAAUUCGGAGUUACCUAUUUGUGCACUGAUGUGGAGACUGGGGAGAAGUUUGCGUGCAAGUCAAUAUCUAAGAAGAAGCUGAGGACUGCAGUGGAUAUUGAGGAUGUCAGGAGGGAGGUGGAGAUCAUGAAGCAUAUGCCUAAGCACCCAAAUAUCGUGAGCUUGAAGGACACUUAUGAAGACGACAGUGCAGUGCAUAUAGUAAUGGAACUCUGUGAAGGCGGGGAACUGUUCGAUCGGAUCGUGGCCAGGGGGCAUUACACUGAGAGAGCAGCUGCAUAUGUGUUGAAGACCGUUAUGGAAGUGGUUCAGGUGUGCCAUCAGAAUGGAGUGAUGCACCGUGAUCUCAAACCGGAGAACUUUCUUUUCGCAAACAAGAAAGAGGCAUCUCCACUAAAAGCAAUUGAUUUUGGCCUAUCGAUAUUUUUCAAACCGGGCGAACGGUUCAAUGAGAUUGUUGGCAGCCCGUACUAUAUGGCCCCGGAAGUUCUAAAACGUAACUAUGGUCCAGAGGUUGAUGUUUGGAGCGCCGGAGUCAUUCUUUAUAUACUACUUUGUGGGGUUCCUCCUUUCUGGGCAGAAACCGAGCAAGGAGUCGCUCAAGCGAUCAUUCGAUCUGUUAUUGAUUUUAAGAGAGAUCCUUGGCCAAAGGUUUCUGACAAUGCAAAGGAUCUUGUGAAGAAAAUGCUCCAUCCUAAUCCUAAUCGGCGUCUUACAGCCCAUCAAGUUCUCGAUCAUCCUUGGUUGCAAAAUAUAAAGAAGGCACCCAAUGUCUCGUUGGGCGAGACAGUGAAGGCUCGGCUCAAACAAUUCUCGGUGAUGAAUAAGCUCAAGAAAAGGGCUCUAAGGGUUGUGGCCGAGCAUUUAUCCACGGAGGAAGUCGCCGGAAUCAAGGAAGCGUUCGAUAUGAUGGACUCUGGAAAGAAGGGCAAAAUCAACCGCGAAGAAUUCGCUACCGGUCUCCACAAACUCGGCCAUCAAAUACCUGAAGCAGACAUUCAGAUUCUCAUGGAAGCCGCUGACGUUGAUGGAGACGGGACAUUGAACUACGGCGAGUUUGUUGCUGUUUCCGUGCACCUCAAAAAGAUGGCCAACGACGAGCACCUACACAAAGCAUUCGCCUUCUUCGAUCAAAACCAGAGCGGAUACAUAGAGAUGGACGAGCUUCGCGAUGCAUUGAGAGACGAGGAAGACGAUGGGAACAGCGAGGAAGUCAUCAUUGCCAUCAUGCACGAUGUCGACACAGAUAAGGAUGGGCGAAUAAGCUACGACGAAUUUGCAGCGAUGAUGAAGGCCGGAACCGACUGGCGGAAGGCUUCGAGACAGUACUCACGCGAGAGAUUCAACAGUCUUAGCUUGAAGCUAAUGAGGGAUGGAUCCAUCAAGUAGGAGGAGGAGGAGGAGGUAAGCUCAUAUAUAAUAUGCCAUUGGUAGCCAUACUCGUUUCCUUAAAGUCGCAUUUUGUUGCUUUUAAAAUCGCAUUUCUAAGAGUGAUAUGUUUCUCUGUGGCGUUGCUACUAUAUAUGUAGAUCGUAUGUUAUUUCUUUUCAUGUUUUUAAAUAUAGUAUCUUUGAUUAUUUUCAUUUUUAUUGUUAUCAUUUUUUUGAGAUUUGAUUGAAUUUUAAUUCACUCUUGGGUGAGUUAGAUUGAAGUUGAGAUUUGUUAUCAAUAAAUAAUUUUAUGGUGUAUUUGGUAGUUU